AGUUCUUUUCGUGAGAAACUUUUUCCCUUUGCUAUCUUUACCAGUUCAUCCUUUAUUCCUUAAGUUGUUUUUGAGUGUCUUUAACAUUUCUUGUUCACAUUCCCGCUAUGAGACUUUCACGCGCAGCUGCAUUGUCUCUCCUUUCUGGGAUCGGGGCUGCAUCUCUGGAUACUGAUUGCUCGCCUGUCACGACUACUGUCUAUCAGCCUACUACUAUAACUGUCAAAGAAUCUUCGGUCGUAACUUCUACCGUCACUCUCGGAGAUUACGGAGAGAUAUCUGGUACGGCGAUAUAUCAGACAGUCACACAUGAGGAUGGAUCUACUGCCAUACCAAUUACUGUCACAGCACCUGCUCAAACCAUCACGGUCGACAAUGCAGGGACAGUGAUUGCUGGAGGCUCCGGAUCUAGUUCAUCAUCUUUGAAGUUGUUUAAAACUUCCAACCCUAUUAUCGAUGGAACAGGAUCGCUUCUAGGAGCACAGGUUACAUCUCUCCCCUCGGCUGACGCUAUUGGAGCAGUUACACAGAUGAACGUGAUAUCAGGAAUAUCCACAGUCCAGGUCUGCCCUACCGGUGCAACAACUUAUGACUGUACGGAGGUUAUUUACGGUUCAGGUGGAGAAGUCAUUGUGAUUCAGAUCAUCACUGUUGAUGUCACAAUAGAUGUUUAUGGUGAGCCUAGUACUGUAACAAUAACCAAGAUCGCAAGCGCCACUUCGACUCCUAGCUUACCACCUACACACUCGGCAAGUCUGGUUGGAACUAAGACCCGUGGGUCAUCAUUUACCGAUAAACCUACUACGGCACCUUACUCUUAUGGAAAUGGAAGUCACCAUAUCUACCCAACAGGCGGUAUCAGAACAGGAGCUACCGGCUCACACAAACCCACUGGAACCGGAAAGUCAUUGCAGCCAAUACACGUCAUCUCAGUUGGUCAAAACGGUACUCUCUCCUUCUCGCCCAAAUAUAUUGAUGCGGAGGAAGGAGCUACUGUACGAUUUAAGUUCUACCCCACAAAUCACACUGUCACUUCUUGUGAUGUCACGGCCCCCUGCGUUAUGAAUGGUGUGUAUGAUUCUGGAUUCAAGCCCGUCUUGGAGAAGAACAUGACCACAUUUGUUGAUUUCCCCGUCACAAACGCCAGGAGCCCACUAUUUUUCUUUAGGUGUGUCGGCCCUUUGCAGAUUAAACAUCUUCCACUAACAUUAUCCUAGUCGUCAAAAUAAUGGGUGUGAGUCAGGCAUGGUAUUUGCCAUCAAUCCUAAGUCGGGAACGCAAUAUGACGAAUUUACAUCUUCUGCCAAAAGCAAGAAGACUACCACAAGCCAUGCACCAACCGGCACAUCAUAUUCAACCGGCGAUAUUCGAGGAACGGGCAGCGGCCGUCCCACAUCCACGCAUUCUGACUUGGGCAUUAGCGCCCCUGGUUCAUCGAAGGUACCUUUUCCUACUGGUGGAUCGAAUACAACAAUCGGCAGUGGAACUAGACUGCAUCACAUCGAGACAGGAACAGGGUUAGCACAUUCAUCAAUCACUUUCAAGCCAUCAAACAGUAUUCGCAGCUCCGGCUUCCCACAUUCGUCAGAUUCCUCCAGACCAACUAGAAGCAUCAACGGUAGUGGCCAUGCAUUUCCAGCCAGUAGUGUGAGAACAACUUCCGUCUUGAGCAGCUCCCUCUCCACCACUCGCAGUCUUAGCUCAUCAUCACACUCAACCACUAGCAGGACUAGCUCCAUCGUCACCACUACCUCUUCCAUCAACGGCUAUGUAGCUUAUAGCUUUUCUACUCCCGUCGCUUCAUAUGUCGCACAAAGCUAUCGAGCAUAGACCGAAGAUUUGAUAGGCGGAUUCCUUGUUUUUUAAAGUUGAGCAAUUUUGUGGCGCAGGCGCAGGCGCGAGUUGGAUUUGAUUGGUGUCGGUCUCUUCGUUGUCCCCUUGUCCUUGUAUUUUGUGUAUUACACACCUUCUUAAUUUCCCAUUCUUCUUCAAUGGGCAUUGUGUAGAAUUAGAUUUCAGCUUAGGCUUUUAUUUCCGUUUUAUCGUUAGUCUCCUCUUGAGGGUAUUUCGCGUAAUUCGGCACUGAACAAAUGCUGUUGACUUGGCGAUCAAGACGUUAUUAUGGGACAUUCGUGUGGUCCAAGAAACGCCAAACUCUCAGGUAUGGCGAUUAGUAUCAAACUUCUCAGGUAUCUCAAAGAUUAAAAAUCUAUGGAUCUUUCAAAUGACCUUCCACAA